UCUUGUCGUGUCCGCGACGCCGUCUCCGCCUCUCGCUUGCUCGUCUACUCGUCUCCGCCCCCCGCCGCCAUCUCCGCUCUCUCCGUGGAUUCGUGGCGCCUCCCGUGCCGCCGCCGCUGCCGCCCCCCGCCGGCGCCCGCUCCCGCUCCCGCUCCCGCCGCCAGGCGUCCCCUCGCCCCCUCCCAGCCGUCACCGAGCAGGGCGGAGGGCUGCCGGGGCUCGGAUUGGCCGUGAGUUAUGCGCUAGACAUUGAUUGCCAUGUCAGCGCGUAGGGAGGUUGUCUCCUACCACCCGUUGCCUGCACCAGGAGCAGUGAGCAGCCUCAAGGAUGAGAUCCAGUCGAAAGUUAUGGAAACGGUUGGCAAUGCGAUCAACUCAUUUGAUCCAAAGUCGUUGCCUCAGCAUAUAGAAAGGGGAUUGGGAACAGCUGGAAACAUUAUUAAUUCAUUUGAGCCAAAAUGGUCUGGCCAAAAGGAGUUUGAUUUUGGCGGGGAAGCUGAUUUCCUCGAUGGAUAUCAGUGCCCUGAUAAGUAUUGGGGCUCUGCGCCAGUGAAGGCGCAAAAGCCAGUAAACAUUAAGAACCUGCUGGGCGGUGUAAUGGUGAUCAUUGGUCGCAACUUGAAAAAUACUGAAGAUGAACAGCCGAAGGACAAUAGGACCAGCGUUUCUUUCCUGAGGUCAAGUGAUGAUGGGAACACAUUCUUGCAUUCUUCUGUCUACAUGCCAAGCGCACCACCAGUUCUUGAUGAAGAAGCCUUGAAUUACAACAUUUAUAGGGCUGUUCUGGAAGCAGAGCCACCAGAAUGGCUUCCUGAUAGCUAUGCUAGCUCGUGCAUGCAGUGCGCUGCUCCUUUCACUGCUCUUACCCGCGGACGGCAUCAUUGUCGAUUCUGUGGAGGGAUAUUCUGCAGGGCAUGCUCAAAAGGAAGAUGUCUGUUGCCUGCCAAGUUCCGUGAGCGGAAUCCACAAAGAGUUUGUGAUGCUUGUUAUGAUAGGCUUGAUCCAUUGCAGAACUUAUUGAUCAAUUCUGUCAGCAAUGCCUCACAAACCGCAAAGCAUGAUGUUAUGGAUUGGACUUGUGCAAGAGGGUGGUUAAAUUUGCCAAUUGGGUUAACAAUGGAGCAUGAGAUUUACAAGGCAGCAAAUACUUUGGCGAGUUACAGCCAGGUUGCAAGAAUAAACCCUGAGAAGUCCAUUCCACAUGCAGUACUUAGUGGAGCAAGUGGGCUUGCCAUAUUGACAGUAGUAAAAGCUGGUGCUAUUCUUACUUACAAACUUGGGACUGGCCUAGUAGUUGCUCGAAGAUCUGAUGGGUCAUGGUCUGCACCGUCUGCUAUACUUUCUGGUGGUUUUGGAUGGGGAGCACAGGUUGGUGGUGAGCUAAUGGAUUUCAUUAUAGUGCUUCGAGGUCCAGAAGCUGUCCAAACGUUCUGCAGUCGAAUGCAUUUUUCACUAGGGGCAGGUGUAAGUGCUGCAGCAGGACCUGUGGGCAGAGUAUUAGAAGCAGACAUGAGAGCUGGUGAUAAAGGAUCAGGAGUUUGUUAUACAUAUAGCUGCAGCAAAGGUGCUUUCAUUGGUAUUUCAUUAGAAGGGAAUCUAGUGGCCACACGGAUGGAUGCUAAUCUGCGGUUUUACGGGGACCCGUAUCUAACAACCAGCGACAUCCUAAUGGGGAAUGUGGAAAGGCCAAAUGCCGCCAAGAUUCUUUACAGUGCACUGGAUGAUCUGUACUCCGGGCUGGAUUGCUAGAUCAACAUGAAGCCGAACUGUACAUAUGUACUUUGAUUAUUUCGAUUGUAACAAGCUGUAUAUAUCCAUGAAAUGCCCCUCGUCUGGUGGGCGAAAUUUGUAUAAAUAAAAUGCAUCAAUAGUCUGCUACGGUCUCAGGUUGAAGUUGGGUGAGUUAAUACAUUACCUAAUGCAAGUGGAAAA